GCUUUGGAAAGUGUUCAGCAGUGAUGCACAAACCUUGGCUAACGUAGUGUAUGCUGUGUUGAGAUCUUUGGCCAUGCUGUGGUCCGUGUCAAUCACUGUCGUACUGUCCUUUUUUUUUUUUUUCCAGUUUUCCACAUGAUGUGGUCCCCUUUUAAGCUCUCGGAUACCAAUCGAGCCAACAUUCAGAAGACGUCCACACACUUGACCACACACUGGACUCGGGGCCUGAUCCACCUGCCUUCAGUAUGGACGUGAGAUUCCUGUUCAUAGCUUCAGCUCUCAUUCUGGGGGCCACACUCACCAUCUCACUGGCAGACCGCACCGCUCAGUGCAAAAUUAAAUGGUUGUUUGGAAUCUCGUGUACUGAUGUCUAUGGAAAGCUGGUGAGCCAGAUCAAGGCCUGGCAGAUCAGGCAAAGCUGCCUGUACGCGGGGGAGAAGUGCUCAUAUGAGCUUGUGUCGACAGCUCCUUACCUGAUCAAAGCCACGCACACGUCUCCCAGAACAAAGAAAGUGAAUGACCUUCAGUUUCUCCUGGAGCAGUCCACUGUUUGCAAAGUGACUGGUGAGGCAGUGUCUGAGUUUUCCAAAGAUCCAGCUGACAACAGCACAAACUACUGCAGCCUCCAGAACCUGAUGGAUGGAAGUGACCUGAUCAGUGCUGAGGGAUACAAACAGUUCAGCAACAAGUGGAUCUGCCCUGGGUUUGAUACUGCAAACUGCACCUUGUCUUAGGAUGAGAGUAGAUCCUCCUGACACCAAAUGUCAUUUCAUGCAUGGAAUAAUAAGACUCAAGUAUAAUACAAGACUUCUGAAUUCUUUUUUUUAGUAGUUCCUAUGUGCAUAAUUCAGGUUGUUAAAUGAUUAAUUAAAUUAGAGAUGACCAAUAAACCAGUUUGUUUCACAAAGUUUACAUUCAAUGAAAAAGCAA